UUUUUUUUUUUUAACUGCCCCAACCCUUAAACCCUAGUGCCCUUCUUCAGUUUUUGGCUUCUGCAUUUCUUCUUCGUCUCCAAGAAUAAUAAAUGGCUAAGCGAUUGAUGCCCCUCCUGAAUCGGGUUUUGGUGGAGAAAAUCAUCCCUCCAUCCAAAACAAGCGCUGGAAUCCUCCUCCCUGAGAAAACCACCAAGCUGAAUUCUGGAAAAGUUGUUGCUGUUGGUCCUGGUUAUCAUGACAGGGAAGGAAAGCUGAUUCCAGUCAGUGUGAAGGAAGGAGAUCAUGUUUUGUUGCCUGAAUAUGGAGGAACUGAAGUGAAGCUUGGUGAAAAGGAGUAUCAUCUGUACCGGGACGAUGAUAUUCUGGGAGCACUGCACGACUGAUUUGGUGCUACUCUACUGCGAUGAUGAUACUCGUGCCGCCAUGUCAAAGCAUAAUAAGCUAUAUAAUUUUCUAGUGUUUAAACUUGUCUUAACGGCUAGACAUUUUGGUUUUCAGUUUAUGGAUUAUUAUUGUUGGAAAUAUUGAGGAAUUGAAUAUUCUUGAUUUGUUCGCGUCGUA